AUGGCUGCUGCCGCAUCCUCCCUCUCAGUGCCAGACCAGAUUCGCCAGCUCAACGAUGCGCGCAAGCUCGUCCUAGGCGAUGUCAAGUACUAUCCCAGCGUCGUCAGAGGAAUUCUCCCCAUCAUUGGGCCCCAGGCGCCUAUAGAGCUGCGACGAUGGGUCACGGACUUUCUGGCCGAGGCCUUUGCUACGCCCGCGCUGCCAAAUUCAGAGAAGGAGACGAUACAGCCAUACGUGUUGACGACGCUAGAGUCGCUGAUUGAGCAGGAGGUUGAUCCGCAAGUGCUACGGAAUGUGAUACAGACGGCAGCGAGCAUUUAUCCGCUGGCCAUGAGGUGGAUCAUCAACAACAGCUACGAUACCGUGACGUGGGAGCGGAUGGUGAGUAUCAAGCAGAAGAUCCUACAGAUGUGGGAUAAUGUCCCACCGACGGUGAGGAUAUGCUGCAUAAAGUUUGCUCAGCGGGUAGUGCUGGCGCAGAGCGUUGCCUCGGGGGCUGAACAUAGGUAUGGCGGCGGCUUGGACGUCUCUUUAGACAAAGUACCACCCAACCACCAGACGCUCGAUCCUAGAAAUCUCGAGGCUGAAGCGAGCGGGCUGUUGGACCGCAUGCUGAGUAUCCUUCAAGGGAACAACGAUGGCCUUCUAGUAGACGCAACUUUGAAUUGCUUGUCCAUUAUGGUGCGGACUCGCCCAACUACAUCAAGUCGAAUUCUCAAUGCAUUGCUCAGUUUCAACCCUCUACAAGCCGCCAACUCGCCAUUGACCCCAAAGACCAAGGUGAUGAUCAAAUCCAUGGAGAAAACGGCCCGGUUGCUAUUGAUUCACCUGACUAAGCGAGACCCCCAUAACCCAAUCGUGCCUAGAAUACAGCAGCAUGUCGAGGGCACAAUGCGUAUGGUGGCCGAGCUCUUUGACGGUGCCGGGCGGAAAAGACCACUGGAGCCCAAGCCGCAAGAUGGAUAUGAUGUCAAGCGCCCGCGGAUUGAAGCCUCCCAAAUCCAGAUCCCCCCCUUGGGCCCAGGUCCCCAUAGCCUGGCCGAUGUCUUUACCCUCAUUGGCAACGAUGGACUCAAGUUCUUCGACGCCUCUCAGGUUCCCCACAGCCUCGUAGCCAGAAUCGCUGUGAAUACUUUGUCUAGGCUGGAUCCCCAGGUCCUAGCAAAGGCUGUAGAUGGUGUUCGCGGCCGACUGGAGAUGCUCAACAACAACCCUCCUCCGGAGCUGAAUCCAAACACUGCUCCUCUCGGCGUUGAAGAAGACGAAGACGACUAUGAGCCAGACUUUUAUCAGGCCGAGGAUACGGAGCAGAUCUUGAACAAGUUGGAUAAUGCGCCGGCACCUGCUGCAGCUGAACCUAUAAUAAGCUUCGAUGAUACCCUUGGGCUGAAAUCUUUUAGCCUUCCUCAGCCACAGCAGCUGACGCCGGAGAUGGCUCUCAACGCGGGCAGUGGAACAGUGACAAGAGUGUUGGACAUGAUGAAGUCACUGGAAGAGCCGAGUGUAAAGAAACAAAAGGCUGGCUUCAACCGGCUUGCGGCAAGCUCUGAGAGCAGAGACUCCUGGAUGACCAUCUUGGCGCGGUUAGCGACACGAUCAUCUGCAGGCCUUCAGGAAAUAUCAGUAAAGGGGGAGGCGGACGAAUCGACUCAGUCACCAUCCCUCAACAACAGUAUCCGGGAGAUACUUUACAACUACAUCAUGGAAGACUUUCGCAACCACAUCGACGUUGCAGUAUCAUGGCUCUGCGAGGAAUGGUACAACGACAAGGUGCAGAUGAAAGCUGGCGGAGACCAUCCGAUGUACUACGAGAAGUGCACGCUCCGACUCAUUGACGGAUUUCUCCCUUACCUACGCCCGCAGGAUAAGGUUCUUACUCGUUUCCUGAGCGAAAUUCCCGAGCUGAACCGAGCGAUUCUCUCUCGUGUGAAGCACAUGUGCCGUGAUCCGAGUGUGACGCAACUGGCAUUGACUAGCUUGCUGUACUUGGUGAUUAUGCGGCCUCCCAUUAAAGAAGCUGCGCUGGACGUUGUUCAAGAUAUAUGGACAGACUAUGAGGAUGCUAGGACGAUGGCAGCCAAGUAUUUGACCAAGUAUCGGCCGCAGUUCAUAGAAACUGCGACAAAGCGCGAAAAUAACGAUAGUCCCGCAUCCGCACCGGGUGGAGAUGCAAUCGCCGCAUAA